CUAUUCAUAUCCUUAUACACAAAAUACAGAUUCCAAUCAUGCAAGUUUUUCACAUGAACAAAGGGGAAGGGGAGACUAGCUAUGCCAAAAACUCUCUGCUUCAGAAGAAGAUAAUCCUAAUUGGUACUCGCGCUGUUAAAACUGCCAUUUAUAACAUCUUAACAGAGUUGCGACCCGAUAGCAUGGGUGUCGCAGACCUUGGGUGUUCAUCUGGACCCAACUCCUUGACAGUGAUUUCUAAAAUAAUCCACAUCGUGGAUGCCGCUUGCCAUCAACUCCAUCAACCUGUACCUGAACUAAAGUUGUUUUUGAACGAUCUCCCUGGCAAUGACUUCAACGAUGUGUUCAAGUCAUUGCCAGAGCUUUAUGAUAAAGUGAAAAAUGAUUACGGCAUUGAAGGCUGUUAUAUUUGCGGCUUACCUGGCUCGUUUUAUGGCAGGUUGUUUCCCACAAAUAGUCUCCAUUUUGUUCAUUCUUCUUCCAGCCUCCACUGGCUCUCUCAGGUACCCCUGGGAUUGGAACCGAAGGUUGGCACUCACCUAAACAAAGAGAAAAUAUACAUAUCAAAGAGAAGCUCCAUAAGUGUCAUAGAAGCUUACCAACAACAAUUCCAUAAGGACUUCUCAUUGUUUUUGAGGUCGCGUGCAAAGGAAAUGGUUGUGAAAGGACGGAUGGUCUUGUCAUUCAUGGGCCGGCGAUCCCCUGACCCUUGUGCGGACGAGGCUUGUUACCAGUGGGAACUUUUAGGACGUGCCAUAAUGAGCAUGGCAAUAGAUGGACUUGUUGAAAAGGAAAAGAUCGAUUCAUUUAACGCCCCUUAUUAUGCACCAAGCCCGGAAGAAGUGCAACUUGAAGUGGAGAAAGAAGGAUCAUUCAUAGUAAGUGGUGUUGAGGCAUUUGAGAUACAAUGGGAUGGUGGUGAUUCAAAUGGCCUCAAAGACUCCAGCGGUAAUCGUGUGGCUAAAACCAUUCGAGCCGUAGUGGAGCCAAUGUUAGAGAGUCAUUUUCAUUUUGGUCCAACACUGAUGGAAGAGUUGUUCCGUAGAUAUGCUAAUAUCAUUGAUGAUUGCUUCUCAAAAAGAACAUUAAAGUAUACUAACUUGGUUAUUUCUUUCAUCAAAAGGGGCUGAUAUGUUCAGUCAAAGUGUAUUCAUGUAACCUUCUUUAUCUACCUUAUAAGUUUUCAAAUAUGAAAGUCAUUUAUAUUGGUAUACUGAUAGUCUGGUAAAUAUGUU